UCGUUUUUGAAGUCAUAGGAAACUUAAAGAUGGCGGCAAACACGAAAAGAAUAGUUUAUGUGGGUGGAUUAGCAGAAGAAGUUGAUGAGAAAGUUCUUCAUGCUGCUUUUAUACCAUUCGGUGAUAUUGUUGACAUUCAAAUUCCUCUAGAUUAUGAGACACAAAAGCACAGAGGCUUUGCUUUUGUGGAGUUUGAAUUAGCAGAGGAUGCAGCUGCUGCUAUUGACAACAUGAAUGAUUCUGAGCUCUUUGGAAGAACAGUAAGAGUUAAUUUGGCUAAACCAAUGAAGAUCAAAGAAGGCUCAACACGAGCAGUUUGGGCUGAUGAUACGUGGCUGAAACAACACGCUGGUGAGACAUUAGAACUGGAAGACCAGGAGAAGGAAGGCCUUAAACGGCCUGCUCAGGAAGCUGAGGAGGAAGAAGAACCACAGAAAAAGAAAGUGAAGAACAAUCCAGAAGUGUACCUUGAUAUUAAAAUAGGAGGAGAGGAAAUUGGCAGGAUAAGGAUCCUUCUUAGGAAAGACAUAGUACCUCGUACAGCAG